CUAUAUAUCUCAUUUGUCACAUAUAUAAAUUGUCGUCUUGGUCUCUCAAAAACUUCACAGGUUCACAGCUUUCUUUGUGGUCUCAUAUCAGGAACCUCAUCAGUCAUGGCUAUUCCAGGGACUGCCAUUAGACUGCACCAUUCCAUUCCUCAAGGUCUCCCAUCUUCCAGGCUUAGCCGUGGAGCGCGAAAGAAGUUCUGCUUAAACGCUGUCGCUACUAAUCCAAAUGGCGAAGAAAGGAAGAUGAUCAGGAAAGAGAAUGAUGGAUGGAAGAUUGAUUACUCUGGAGAAAAACCUCCAACACCUUUGCUGGAUACCAUUAAUUAUCCCAUCCAUAUGAAGAAUCUUUCCACAAAGGAUCUUGAACAAUUAGCAGCAGAACUGAGAUCAGAUAUUGUACACACUGUAUCAAAGAUAGGCGGGCAUCUCAGUGCAAGCCUGGGAGUGGUGGACUUGACCGUCGCUCUCCACCAUGUAUUUGACACUCCUGAUGAUAGAAUCAUAUGGGAUGUUGGUCAUCAGGCGUACCCACAUAAAAUUUUGACGGGGAGGAGGUCUAAAAUGUCCACCAUUAGAAAGACUUCAGGGCUAGCAGGAUUCCCUAAACGGGACGAAAGUGUUUAUGAUGCUUUUGGUGCAGGGCAUAGUUCUACAAGCAUUUCUGCGGGUCUAGGUAUGUCAGUAGGCCGAGAUCUUUUAGGGAAGAACAACAAUGUUAUUGCAGUCAUAGGAGAUGGAGCCAUGACUGCAGGACAAGCCUACGAAGCCAUGAACAAUGCAGGUUUCCUUGAUUCUAACCUCAUUGUUGUACUAAAUGACAACAAGCAAGUAUCCUUACCCACAGCCACUCUUGAUGGUCCUGCGACUCCUGUUGGAGCCCUCAGUAGUGCCUUAAGCAAGCUUCAAGCAAGCACUAAAUUCCGUAAACUCAGAGAAGCUGCCAAAGGCAUAACUAAGCAAAUUGGACCACAAGCACAUGAAGUUGCAGCAAAAGUAGAUGAGUAUGCCAGGGGUAUGCUUAGUGCUCCCGGGUCUACUCUCUUCGAGGAACUUGGUUUGUAUUACAUUGGUCCUGUUGAUGGCCACAAUCUCGAUGAUCUAGUAACUAUUUUUGAAAAAGUGAAAUCAAUGCCUGCACCAGGGCCAGUUCUAAUACAUAUUGUAACAGAGAAGGGUAAAGGUUAUCCUCCUGCUGAGGGUGCAGCUGAUAAGAUGCAUGGGGUUGUACAGUUCGACCCAGCCACAGGGAAGCAAUCUAAGCCCAAAUCCUCUACCCUUUCAUAUACUCAGUACUUUGCUGAAGCACUGAUAAAAGAAGCUGAAGUAGAUGAUAAGAUUGUGGCAAUCCACGCAGCAAUGGGUGGUGGAACUGGGCUGAACUAUUUUCAGAAAAGGUUCCCAGAUCGUUGUUUUGAUGUGGGUAUUGCAGAGCAGCAUGCUGUCACAUUUGCAGCAGGUUUAGCUACAGAGGGUCUCAAGCCAUUUUGUGCAAUCUAUUCGUCGUUCCUGCAACGAGGCUAUGAUCAGGUGGUGCAUGAUGUGGAUCUUCAGAAGUUGCCAGUUCGCUUUGCAAUGGACCGAGCAGGUUUAGUGGGAGCAGAUGGACCUACGCAUUGUGGAGCAUUUGACAUCGCGUACAUGGCUUGUUUGCCUAAUAUGGUUGUAAUGGCUCCAUCUGAUGAAUCAGAGCUGAUCCACAUGGUUGCAACAGCAGCAGCCAUUGAUGAUAGACCAAGUUGCUUCAGGUUUCCUAGGGGUAACGGAAUUGGAGCAGCUCUUCCUCCUAAUGGCAAAGGAAUACCUGUUGAGAUCGGAAAAGGAAGAAUAUUGAUGGAAGGAACUAGAAUCGCGAUCUUGGGGUAUGGUUCCAUUGUCCAAAAUUGUUUAGAAGCUGCAAAAUUGCUGAAAGAGCAAGACAUAUCUAUAACAGUGGCUGAUGCAAGGUUCUGCAAGCCAUUGGAUGGGGAACUAAUCAGGAGUUUGGCCCGUGAGCAUGAAUAUCUAAUUACAGCAGAAGAAGGUUCAAUUGGGGGUUUUGGUUCUCAUGUAUCACAUUUUCUUAGCCUGAAUGGUAUUCUGGAUGGACCCCUUAAGCUGAGAUCAAUGGUCCUUCCCGAUAGAUAUAUUGACCAUGGAUCACCUAAGGAUCAAAUGGAAGAAGCUGGUCUAUCUGCCAGGCAUAUCUGUGGAACUGUCUUGUCCUUGCUGGGAAAGCCCAAAGAGGCUUUCAUAUUUCAAUAAAUUUACACAAUCUAUGUAAGGUCUACUUUGUCUCAGCUGUGUAUCCAGGAAAGCGAGUUUAGGAAGAUCCACUGAGACAUAAAUAUCUACUUCACUCUAGCUCAAAUAAUUUAGCAAGAUUUAGUUGGCGUGACGCGCAAUUUCAUCUUCCUUCUAUAAUGUAACAAAAUUAUAUAUAAUCUCCUUUGAAAGAUA